AUGCGACGCGGACCACUGCACUCAGUUGGCGACGGAGCGCCUCUGCGCGCGCGCAUUCACCUGUCGGCGGCGUGGGCGGGGCCCGGGGACUCCGAGCCCUUUUCAGCAGCCUUUUUCCCUUUGGCCCGCGGCGGAAUUCGGGUGCGAUAUUUCCCCCGGCCGGUAUGCGAAGGCUGGCGCGCUGAGAUAUUUAUAGCUGCCAUCGGGCGACGGGAUUUAUGGGACGACGUCCGCACGCUCGCGCGCUCC